GUUUCUCUUGGUGUGGUCCUCCUAGGGUUUGGAUCUGCUUCGUUUUUGAGAUGAUGCCCUAAAAUGAGCUGUCAAAACGGAUGGACAGCGUGGAUGUAAGUCACAUACUGUGGGCCCAACAGAGGUGGAUCCACCGAAGCUGCGCCCUCUCCAUAUAAACCGCCAUGCGCAUAACGAACUCGUGAAAUUGCGAGCAGUGAGAGCUGCUAGUGAAUUCAGAGACGGAUAGAGAGAGAGAGAGAGAGAGGGAGGGAGAGAGAUCGAUCUAGGGUUUUAGGAGUUUUUUUUUCCGGAGGAGAGGCCGUCGAAAGAGAUCCGUCGAUUUCGUGUCCACGUUCAUCAUUCAAUCAUGCCGGGCGGCAACAAGGAUGAGAAGCCUGCUUCAGCAAAGAAUGAAAGUUCCAAGACUGAAGCGUCUCUGGAAGAGCCACAAGGAGGACAAGGAGGCAGUGCCUGUUGGCCAGGAACAGGGAUUCCUGCAGAUGCCUUUGACUUCUCGGCCAUUUCUGGGCUACUUGAUGAUCCUACCAUCAAGGAAUUAGCAGAACAGAUAGCAAAGGAUCCUUCAUUUAAUCAGAUGGCUGAACAGCUCCAAAAGAGUGUCCAAGGUGCAGGCCAAGAUGGUAUCCCUCAGGUGGAUACAGAACAAUAUUUAUCUACCAUGCAACAGGUUAUGCAAAAUCCUCAGUUCAUGACCAUGGCUGAACGCCUUGGUAGUGCUCUUAUGCAGGAUCCUUCUAUGUCGAGCAUGAUGGAGAAUUUAACCAAUCCAUCUCACAACGAAAAUCUUGAAGAACAAAUGGCACGCAUCAAGGAAGAUCCAUCUCUGAAGCCUAUUCUAGAUGAGAUCGAGACUGGAGGCCCAUCCGCAAUGAUGAGGUACUGGAAUGAUCCUGAUGUCCUACAAAAGUUAGGUCAAGCCAUGGGUCUCAGGGCUUCAGGAGACACAGCAACUUCAGCUGAACUUUCUGGACCUGAUGAAGUGGAAGAAGAAACUGAAUAUGAGGAUGAGUCUGCAGUUCACCACACUGCUAGUGUUGGUGAUGUGGAGGGUUUGAAGAGUGCGCUGGCUGCGGGAGCAGACAAAGAUGCAGUAGAUUCAGAGGGAAGGGCAGCUUUGCAUUUCUCAUGCGGUUAUGGAGAGCACGGGAGGGUGCUUUUCCUCAUGCAAAAGUGUGGAAAGAUCCUGUUCCUCAAGAGUAUGAUUGUUACAUUGGAUGCUUAAACAAUUGGAGUCUGACCUUCCCCAACAUGUGUCAUGUGUAGCAAACGGAGAGAAUUGGUUAACCACCUAUUCAUUCAUUGUUUGGGGGUGAGAGAGGUUUGCAACUUCCUCCUUUUUCAUUUUGGGGUUUCUUGGAUCUUCAGCAAUUCAAUUGGUAAUGCGCUUGUGGCAUGGCUUGGUAUGCCAUUGAAAGGGCAUAAGGUCUUAUGGUCGAUGUUGUUCUGAGGGAUCUUAAGGUGUUUGUAGAAAAGAGGGUCUGUAGAAUAUUUUAGGAUAAAGCUAUGUUGUUUGAAACUGUCAAAAGGAGGAUUUUGUAUGCCAUUUUUAACUGUGUUGCCCAGGCAGUUUUCUUGAUUUGCCUGGUAGCCGAGUAAAGAGGGUCACAUGUGCCGGGUCAUCAUGUCUUUGUUGUUGCUCUUCUUUUUCUUUAAGAAGGUUGCCAAUUUUCAUCAUCAUUAUUAUUAUUAUUAUUUUAAAGAGGAAGAAGUAAGAAAUGUUGUUUUUAUCUGACUGGUUAAAGUCAUCGAGCAUCUAGAAAGGUUUAAACAACCAAAUCUCAUUAACCUAGAUUUUAAGCUGAGUGCACGCUAGGCUGUGGCCCAUUAACACCCUUGCUAUAGUGGUCCAAUGAGAGCAGCCACUUAGCAAUGACCAUGCCAGCCCACUAAGCCUAGGAGUUUGGGCUCAAACUUGGCUCGUAAGAGAACGGGCCUGUUGAUGCCGUAAGUAUUCCUGCAAUUUACCCACCUCUUCUCCUAUAAAUGUGUGGAGUCUGUGGACAUAUUGAGAAGGGAGGAAAGAGAAGAAAAAGAAAAAGAGAAGAAAGGCAAGAGAAUGAUAGAAAGAGAAUGAGGAUUAGUGGGGGCAUUUGCUUGGUUAGUGGGAAGAAACAAAGUGUUGUCCAUCAAUAACUUGUGAAGAGGAUUUCUUAUCCUUUUCAAGAUUUACCCAGUGUUCAAAUUAUCUCCGAUAUUAUCGAAAUAUCUCCGAUAUUAUAUUUAUCUCCAGCUCAGCGAUACCGAUAACGCUGGUAGUAUCAGAAAUUCCAGGUAUUUGCAAUGUAUCGCUAAGUUUCGCCAACGUAUCAAUAUUGCUAAUGCAAUCGUCAAUAUUUUCAACUAUGUAAAUUAUAGGUGUCACUUGUAUUGCCAAUGCUCGACUUAACAAAGAGAUGAUCUAGCUGAGUAUGGCACAUUUUUUUGUAAAUAUAACUAGUUGAUCUUGAAGGAUAACAGGAAAAGCAUUCAACCGACUAGGGGAAACAAGAAAUUGAUCCAGAUGAGAAAGAAUAGUUGGCCUGUCUCACUUGUAUCAAACAAAAACAGAAUGGUCGGCUUGGCUACGUUUCAUCUUAAACUUGAAUACCUCUUUAUUGAACUUGUCGAAUUAAGCUCUUGGUAACUGCUUCGACUCAUAAAUUGAUUUCUUGAGACACCAUACCUUAUUUGACUCUCCAUGAGCAACAAAUCCAGAUGGUUGCUUCAUGUAAGCUUCUUCAACCAGAUUUCCAUGAAGAAAAGCAUUUUUCGCAAGUUGAUAUGAGGGCUAAUUCAAAUUUGCAACAAUGGAAAUAACUACUCACACUGAAUGAUGCUUUGCCACAAGGGAGAAGGUCUAUGAGUAGUCAACUCCAGUCUCCAAGGGUCUAAGAGUAUUCUUUAGCAACUAAUUGAGCUUUUAAAUGAUCUAGAGAGCCAUCAAGGUUGUAUUUUACGGUAUACAAUCAUCCGUAUCCAACCACGCGCUUUCUAGGAGGUAAUUUGAUUAACGUCUAAGUUUGAUUCUGAUAAAGUGCAAUCAUUUCUUUUUCCAUAGCUCAUUUCCACCUAUCACAGCUUAGAGCCUCCUAAAAAGAAUGGUGAAUGGACACACAAACAAUCGAGAUGAAGCAAAUUAUUGAAAUGAUGGUGAUAAACCACUGAACGGAACAAUGUUGGAAAUGGCAUGUUGUGUACAUAAAUGAAUACCCUUACAAAGAGCAAUGGAUAGAUUACUUUCACCUGAUAGUGGAGGCAGGGAUUCAGAAGAAAGAUGAUCUUCCGAUCAAUUAGGAGGAUUGGUAGAAAUCAUGAUCAUAUGUACUCCAUUUGUAUGUUUGUAAUGUUUGGAGUAAACCUGCAAAGGUUGAUAUGUAUAUUGCAUAAACAUCUCCCCUACUCUAAUGGUAAUAUCUGGUACAGUGGGAAGAGUAGUUAUGGAGCCUUCUUCAAACUGUAAAGACUUUCUUGCUUCGGAAAAAUAUGGAGUUUGUCCACAGAAUGUGACAUCGGUUGACACAUAACGUCUCAAAGAGACAUGGUUAUAACAUUUGCAUCCACGUUUGGUAGGGGAGUAUUCAAGAAAGAUACAUUUGAUAGCCUUUUGUUCAAACUUGUUAUAAACAUGAUCAAGCUUAUGCAUAAAAGAUACACAACCAAACACCUUGGGAGGAAUGAAAGGUAUGAAUUAAACUUCACGAGAUAAAUAUUCUCUAGCAUUAUCUGAACGCAAAACACAAACUAUAGAAUCGAAUUGAGUUUGUGCUUCCAUAUGAAAUUCUUUAAAACAAGAAAGCACUUCUGAUCGAUCUUUAAUCAAAUAUAGCCAUGCCAUACAAGUAUAAUCAUCCAUUAAAACAAUGAAGUACUUGAAAAUAGAUAAACCCAUAUGAUGAAUUGGACCCUAAAUAUCAAAAUGUAUAAAAUAAAAAAUGUUUAUUACUUCUCUUGUCUAGACGAAGAAAAAAAGAUACUCUAUGGUGUUUACUUAACUCACAGGCCUCACAAUCUAACAUGGAUACAUGUGACAAUGAUAUGACUAGACUCUUCAAACUACUUAAAGAGGGAUGACCAACCCUGAAAUGUCACUUAUGAGGAGAGAUGUAUGUCCGUAAUGCAGCUCCAAUUGUUCUACGGUUGAGGUAAUGUGGUCCAUUUGUAGAGAAGACAAACAAGGACUUGGUUAGCUUGCUCAUUGAUAAUAAGCUUAAAGGAAAUUUAGGAAUGUAAAGUACUGAUGAUAAUGAAAGCGAUGGGGUAGGACUUGUUGUACGGUUGUACCCAACCUAGACACCUGAGUUGAAGUAUUGUCUGCUAAUGUGACAGAAGACAUGGUUGAGUACUGUACUAAUUGAGAUAACACAUUAUGCUUAUAGGUCAUAUGAUCAGAAGCUCUAGAGUCAAUGAGGGUACACUAUUAGACAAUGCAAGACAAACAGUACUUGACUGCGUAGGAGUAGUUAUGAAUGAUGAUGAGUGGGUGGAGCGAUUCUUCAAAAGUCUGGCAUAUUCUUCCUUGGACAGUGUAAUUGUAUCACUUGAAGUACUGGCUCGAAAGUGAAGGAGAUAGGCUUGGAGACAACUCUCGGUGGCUCCAUUAGAGGGACGAACCUUAUUCGCUCAAGCAAGUUUACCAAUAAGAUCCCAACAUGUGUUUGCUGUGUGGCUAUUGAGACCACAAUGAGUGACUGCCAUGGCCAUGGUUGUGGCUACCACUAAAAUCUGUACAAUGACUUUCAAAUUAUUUCGACCUCCAAAGUGACCUUCGCUUGUAUCUUUACCACAAAAACUGUCACCAUGACCACAACUACCACCAUGACUUUCUUCUCUCCUUUACCAGAUGUAGGCAUAAUUGCAGAAUGAUCUGACGAAGAUGAACUUUGCACACUGACCGCACGCUGAAUGCGAGCAAAAGCCUUAAUAGUAGGUAGGAUCUCUCUACCUUCAAGAAUCUGAGCUUGGACAGGCUCGAACUUGAGGCAAAAGCUAAAAGGGAAUUUGGCAACACGGAAUUCCUCUCCCUGCCAUUGCAUAGUCUCAUAAUCUGUAGAUAGGGGCUGGCAUAUGUUUAAUUCCUCGCAUGUGCUUUGCAAGACUAAAUAAUACUCUUUGACGCUUUUAUCUUCUUAUUGAAGAACGCAAAUACUCUGAAUUUAAUUUGGAUUAAUUCAUAGAUCCGAGUUAAAUUCUUUGAAUACAUCUCAUUUAGGUUAUCCCGGACCUCUUUCAUUGUCUCGAAAAAGAUAACAUUUGCACUACUUAGAGGCUUCAUACUAUUCCAUAACAAAUCCCUAAUUUGGGAAUCCUCUACCAUCUAAUCUUUGUACUUUAUUGAAAUUUCAUUAGGUUUGGGAGAAGUCAAAUAUUUUAAUUUCCUUUUACCCGUAAGGAAUACCUCUACUGAUGUGACCCACUGUAAGUGAUUUACCCCGUUGAGUUUAGCUGAUGUAAUCUGAAAGUUCAUCGACUCAUAUUGAGACAAAAGACUCUUGGCUUCAUUCUUGACAUCCAUUAAGGAGAAAUCAAACACCCAUGGUGGAGUAAAUAACUUUUAACUUUGCACAUAUUUCAAAAACUGAUGUAUAUCAACAAACACGAUUACUCGAUGAAACAUCUUAUGUCAACACUUUCACAUGCAUGGUGAUUCUUUAACCGUUGCAAUGCUCAUCUUUAACACUUUAUAUAUAUAUAUAUAUAUAUAUAUAUAUAUAUAUAAAAUUUGAACACAACUCUGUCAAUAAACGCAUGAUGCCUCACUUCUGUCUAUCAAGAUGGAUCUAUAUGAAAGUGGGCCUCACACAUUCAGGGAACACGAUUACAUGGCCCACCAUAUUAUGGUUGAGAGACAUUUGAGUAGAUCGGCCCCUAACAACCUUAGAUAUUCACCUCAAAACAGUAGAAGGAAAGAAGAGAGAGGAAAUGUUGAAGAAGGAAGAGAUUGAUGCCGCGAUCAAUUCUGCUCUGAAACCAUGUGGACCGAUUGAGAAAAGAGGAAAGAGAAGAAAAAGAGAGAGAAUGGAUUAGGGUUCACAUUUCCCCACCUCUCUAGAGUCUAUUAACAUGGUUUCAAAAGCAAAAGGUACCCAUUACUUCCUAAAACCUAGAUGGGCCUAAGAAUGGGCCAUAUAACUGUCUACAUUCACAUUCGAUAAGAAAAUGAAUUGUUGUGUUCAAUUUGCAUAAGAUGUUU